AUGUUUCAGAAGGUAGUACAGGAGUACAGGCAGGGCAAAGAAGCUGCUAAGAAAAUGGUGGCUGUUCCCGAAAACACCGCCAAGGCUCCUGAGCAAACUGUCACUGCUCCGAAACAAACUGUGGUAACAGCUGCACCAGCUGCGCCAGCUACAACCGCUGAGUCGCCUAUCACGAUUGCGAACACAAGACUAACGUAUUUGCGUAAAAACUUCACCUUCAGUGGAGCGGAAGACAACGGAAUGCAAUUCAGACAAUGGAAGGCGACGUUCAAGUCUAUCGCUGAGGGACCCGCCAAGGUGUUAUCAUUGUCUCCGUAUAUGAUAGCAUUGAAUUCUUUCCAAGGUAUGGCAGUGAAAACGUUCGAACAGUUCAUUGACAACAAGACUGACGCAGAAAGAGAAGCGUUGACUGUGGAGGAAAUCAUUCAAGGUAUGGCUGCGCCAUACGACCACAAGGUUGAUAAAGUCAGAAGAACUGGUGACAUGCUUCUCACUCCCAUCCGCUCUUGGAAAGCUUGCAAGAAGUUUUUGAAGAGUAUGAGACCUUCUUCCAAACGUUCAUGUCUGAGAGGAUGGCGAGAAACGUUUUCCUCGCUUUAA